AUGAAGCUCGGAUCCCUGUUCCCCUUCGGCAGCAAGACGUCGUCGACCUCCUCCUCGGAGAGCGCAGAGGCUGCGGCUGACAAGAAGCUGCCGGCGGGCUUCCGCGCCGGGCGCCGCGGCAGCAGCGACGACGCGGUCCAGCGAGCGCGGGUGGUCUCGCUCUCGCCGCGCUGCUCGGACGACAUGGCGGCCAUGUGCGGCGGUAGCGGCCUCAAGUACCCCUCGACCUCAGCCGAGGCCCAGGCCAACCAGGUCGCCGCCCUAGGCCUGCUCGACAAGAAGGAGUACGCGUGCACCGUACGCCAGCGGUGA